AAUCCCUAUAUCCUUCAGAAAAGGAGUAUUCUCUCCUCAACAAAAAAUAUUUUCCUCAAUAAUGGCUGAAGGUGGAGAAAUUACAAGCCCUGCCAUUCUUCAUAAACGCCUUAAGAGAUCUCUUCGAUCCAUGGAAACAGAAACAAAUGAGAGCAUUCUGAGCCCUAGGUUUAGGUCGGCGGCAGCCAUGGCUGGCUGGGAUGAAGAAGCUAUUCUCUUCGCCACUCUAGUCGUUGAGGACACUCCAGAAAGAGAAUCCUCACGCCGAAAGCGUUCUAGAAAUCAACCAAAGUCGUCGAGUUCCUCCAGUUCCAAUAGGAAACGGAGAUCUAGACGGCAGCCUGUAGAUCCGGUUCCAGCCGUUGUUCUUUGCUUGGAUGAUGAUGAUGAUGAUGAUGAUAAGGGUUUUUCUCGUCAAGAUGUCGAGAUGAAGGGAAAACGUUCAUCUUGCCUUGCAUCUGGUAAUGAAAAGAAAGGAGAGGGAGAAGGAGAAGAAGCAACAGCUAAGAUCAACUGUAAACAAGGGCUUCCAUAUAUGGAUAAGCUAAAGGAGGAACUCUCCUGCGCUAUUUGUUUGGAGAUUUGCUAUGAACCGAGCACCACUCUUUGUGGUCACAGUUUUUGCAAGAAAUGCUUGAAAUGUGCUGCUGAUAAAUGUGGAAAGAAAUGCCCAAAGUGCAGGCAACUCAUAAGCAAUACAAGAUCAUGCACAGUGAACACAGUUCUCUGGAACACCAUUCAGCUCUUAUUUCCUGAAGAAGUGGAGCAGAGGAAGAAGGCGGCGGCUGUGGAAUCUUCUUCUAGAGCGAAAGCUUCAAGCCAUGGCAUGGAACUCGGAGGAACACAAAGGCAAGCAAGAAGCAGAAAUUUGCACAUGCCAACUAGUACUUUCAGAAGCGCCAUGGAAGUUCUAGGAACAGAAGAAGGUGAUAGGAGAAGUGUAAGAAGAUUGAAUCCAAGUCAGUCAGUGGAUGCUGCUUUGGCUCUUAGGUUGCAGAGAGAAGAAUUAUUGCAAGCAUUCAGGAAUUCGAGUGAGCAGCAGAGGAACUCUUUUUAUAAUAGUACAAGAGCAAGGCUGAGAUCAAUGGCCUUGGGAGUCCACAGAAUGAGAAACAGAAGCUAGCUUUAGUAGCUUUUAAGAAUGAGAUUAUUGUGGGUGAAUUUUGUGGGCUCGUUUGAUUGAAAAAGGGAAAAACUGGCAUUACUGACUUGAAUUUGAUAGUUGCUGGUUAAUUAUUCAUAGUUAGUACUGUAUGCAUUGUUGUCUUGUUGGGAAAUCUAUCAAGGAAAAUUUCUGCACUUCUGU